UUGAAUCUUAUCAAAUUACAAACUGCUGUCACGCACACUUCCUGGUCUGGGACCAAUAGCGGUACAAGCAGACGGUCACAUGUGGGGAUCCUCUACUCUUUUACUUGUGUCGUUGCCAGCCAGGUCGGAGCGGAGCAAAAACAGCAGUGAAAGGUGCACUAUGGGCCGUCUGGACGGGAAAGUGAUUGUGUUGUCAGCUGCCGCUCAGGGGAUUGGACGUGCUGCCGCAAUAGCAUUUGCAAAGGAGGGAGCUCAAGUCACAGCAACGGACAUCAAUGGAGAGAAGCUGAAGGAGCUGGAUGGCAUUCAAGGAAUCAAGACCAAGGUUGUGGAUGUAACUAAGAAGGACCAAGUCGAAGCCCUGGCCAAGGAACAUGACCAUGUGGAUGUGCUGUUCAAUGUUGCUGGAUUUGUGCACUCCGGCUCCAUAUUGCACUGCGAAGAGGCCGACUGGGACUUCACAAUGAGAGUGAACGUCCGGAGCAUGUACCUCAUGUGCAAGGCUUUCCUGCCUAAGAUGCUGGCAAAAAAGUCCGGAAACAUAAUUAACAUGGCAUCUGUUGCAUCAAGCAUAAAAGGUGUUGUGAACCGGUGUGUCUAUAGUACCUCCAAGGCUGCAGUGAUUGGGUUAACCAAAUCUAUAGCGGCCGAUUUCAUUGACAAAGGCAUUCGCUGUAAUUGUGUUUGUCCUGGUACUGUUGAUACUCCAUCACUGAGGGAAAGGAUCCAGGCCCAACCUGACCCGGAGCAGGCGUACAAGAAUUUCAUGGCAAGACAGAAAACUGGCAGGAUGUGCACAGCUGAAGAGGUGGCUCACCUGUGUGUAUACCUGGCCUCAGAUGAGUCGGCCUAUGUGACUGGGACAGAGCAAAUCAUCGAUGGAGGAUGGAGACUCUGAGAAAACUGAGAAAGUUCAUUAUGACAGUAGUCGGGACAGUUGCUUCUGUUCUUAUUUGAACCCCAAAUAAAGUGCACAAAAUUUGACUUGAUCAUUUUUUCUUGCACAUUAUGUUUACCUGUGGGAGACAUUUCCUAUUUUCCAACUUAAAUAUAUGCUGCAAAUUUGUGCAAUGCCACAAUAUUAAUUUGCUGACUGACAUUGUAAUAAAUGGACUGUAUCACAGAUUCAGUACUGGUGUUAUCACCUUAUAAUAAAAUGUUUUACAAAGCUGUCAAAGUCUAUCUAACAUGUAUCUAACAUCUAUUAAAACGUCUUCACCAAA